AAUGACUUAUAGAUUUAAGAAUGUUUAUGUUAUUGUCGUUCAUUGCGUAUUUUAAUGUCUAAUAUCUUCUUAAGCCUUAUUAAUUUACUCUAUUCUCUAUUUGCAGCAAUUUAACUUUAACUGUGAUCCCAUUUAAAGACGUCCGGGUCUAGGAUUUCACUGGUGCAGUACCCGGUUACAGUGAAACGAAACAGAAAGUGCAGCUUGCUUGCAUGGCGGUUUUAGGAAAGUGGAAUGACUGUCCUAAGGACGACAAUAAACAUUAUGGUUUGGAGUUUGUGGGCUUUUAUCAUUGCGCUUCUAUGCUCAGGUGUAAAUGGAUCUGUUGAUGUUCAGUGGCUUCCUUGUCAGUUUGUGGAUGAGAAAGUGCACGUGAAUGAGGAGGGCCACACAGAGACCCAGUAUGUCCACAGAGAGGCUGUCAUUCAGUUUGGUAAUGUUGGUGACAGCCCUUUAUACCCCACUAUAACCUUUCUUGUUACUGCUUCCAAAGUAGACAUGAGGCGUUAUGUGGAGGGAGCCGAGGACGCAUUAAACUGUGAGAUCCGUAGAUACAGCACAGGAGGGAUUGGAAUGCGUUGGCAUGCUAUGGGAGCACAAGAGUAUGAUGUCUGGUUCAGCUGUACUUUACGUCAUACUAAAGGCAAGUUCAUCAUCACCACUUUCCUCAGACACACACCUUCUGAUCCUGCCAAAGGACAGGUGGACUAUCUACAAUGGCUACCAGUUAAUGAUAAAGAUCUCCUGACAACAUCAGCUGCGAUGGUUGUCCUGACACGGACCCCUUCUGUAGAAGUGGGGUUUCUGAAGGAGCCGACUCUACACUGUCAGUUUGCAGUGGAUCACAAGAAUCCCAAUGUAACAGUGGAAUGGAAACUUCAAAAACACGGAGAACGCAGCAAGCUGUUUAGCUACACCAGCCGUACAGGGACAUCUGAGGGUACAGGAGUGUCCGUCAAAGCCAUCGGUGUCGGAAACGCCUCCUUUAAACUUCCACCCACCAGAAAAAAUUCAGAGGGCACUUACAUCUGCUCCAUUCUCGUCCCUCCUCUUUAUGGCAGCCAUGAUAUACCUCUUAGCCUAAGUGAUCAACCCCGCGUGUCUUUGAAUGUGGGCUCUACGUUGUCUCUGACACUUGGUGGGGAGCAAAAGGUUAUGUGUGAUGCAGAGGGAUACUAUCCAUUGGAUGUAAACAUUGAAUGGUUACGAGAACCGGUCGGCGGCAGCCCCACACCUGAGUUUUUAAAGAAUGUUCUGUAUUCCAGUCAUCGGGUUCACCAAGAUGGGACAUACUCGCUCUCAGCCUUCUUUCUUUUGCAGCCUGGCCUGGAGGACUCGGGUUAUAAAUACACCUGCAGAGUAACCCACAAGUCCUUGCUCACUCCUAUUCGCAAAAGCUUUAUCCUCUCAGUCACAGAACCUGACUCAACUAUGUGGUAUAUCACAGUCUUUGGAUUUAUAAUUGUCAUGUUGGUGGUUUUGGUUUGGCUGCUGCCUCAGUUCUUAGCUGGUCGAAAAGCUGCAAAAAAGAGGUUCUGAGAGCACAUGCCUGAAGAUUUCAAGAGCGACGCCAUGGAAACCGAGAGCACCUCCUCUUCUCUCUCACUGCUUGUGUUAUAAGAUCAGGUGUUUUGAAACUGGGAAGUGUGAUGUUUACAAAUGCCUGUUAAAGUUAUUUUUUAGGCUCUUUUGACAGAAUUUAUUAAGGCCUUUCUGUGUGCAAAUGUGAAAGAUUCACUGCUUUGGAAAUACAAUUAUAAAAUCAUUGAAAAUCAAAAUAAUUUUUUAAAGUUAUUGUUUUCAGACACGAAUGUAAAAAUGUAAAAAAAUAACGUAACGAAGAAAAAUCAUGAAUUUCCAUGCUAAUUUAUGCAAGAUAUAAAAACUUUUUGUGUGGUUAACUUGAUUUAAUAAAAAGAAAACUUGUACCAUUUACAAAUAUAAAAACUUUUUUCUAAUCUUUGAAGAAACGGCAUACUUGAACUUUAAUUUUAUUAUUUGACUUUGAGAAUAUGUUGGGCAAUAAAAUACAUGUGUUGAAAACA